AUGCCGCCACAGGAUCGUGGCAAAGGAAAAUUUGACAAUAAUCCUGCUCUAAAGCAGAAAAAGGCCCAUUGGGAACCCGAGGACAAUCAGAUUCCUAAGCAAGCUGGAAAAGCUGCAUUGGGACAGCUUCAAGCUCUUACUGUUCUCAACUUGUCCAACAAUGCUCACACUGGGAAAAUCCCAUCUUCUAUAGAUGACUUGAGGAAAUUAGAGUCAUUACAUUUUUCGAGGAACAACCUGAUUGAGUCAAUUCCAACCUCACUAGAGCAACUCACCUUCCUUUCAUUCCUAAAUCUAUCAUUUAAUCAGCUGGUUGGAAGGAUACCAAAGGCUAAUCAAUUGCAAACAUUUUCAGCAGAUUCCUUUAUUGGUAAUAAAAGACUUUGUGGAUUCCCUUUGAUGACAAAAUGCUUGGAUGAAGUGGGAAUUGAAACUUUGUUGCCUAAUACAGUGAAAGACCAUAAGAGCAUUGAUUGGAAUCUAUUGAGUGUUGAACUUGGAUAG